AUGUCCCAUCCUGAUAUGACCUACAUCGUCUCAAAUGAUCCCUCUUGGUGGUCGGUUAUCAGCGGUCUCCGUUUUGCUAGCUAUUUUGCAGUUGCGUCUACUGUCUCGGUGGUAUACGAUUGGGUAUUAACAUUCGCACAAGAGUUCGAACUCAUCUGGAGGCGACGCUGGUCCUUCAUGACCAUUCUUUAUGUUUCUGUACGCUACAUCGGGAUACUGUAUUCUCUCGCGUUCACAAUAUGGUUGCUCCCAUUCCCGAUGCCAGAUCAACACAAUGGCCACGACAGCUGCAACAUCCUUUAUUUCAUAGUGGCAUGGGCGCCGAUCGUCAUCGAUGCCGCACUAGGCCUCAUCAUCAUGACUCGGCUACAUGCCAUGUAUGGGCGAUCCAACAAGAUGCUCAUCUUUCUCGCCGCAUUCUUGCUGGUUGCCACGAUCGCCGCCGCAGUUGUGAUGUUCAUGGGAAACUUGGGUUAUUCAGGGGGGGAGGCCGUGCUCUCUGGUUACCAUGUCUGCGAUUGCCAUCUUGACACAAACUCAUUGGAACUGACUGACGACAUGAUCAUACCCACCGCUAUAUGGGAAAUUUCCGCCUUUUGUCUUGCAGUCCGGAUUGUUAUAAAACGCUUCCAUGAAUUGCGACAAUCUCAAUCACAGAGCAGAUCGGCCAUCGGGGACUGUCUCACAGUGUUCAUACAAAGUCACGCGUUGUACUUUCUAGCGUGA